GUAAUUCCACUCCGGCGCUAAAGAUGGCAGUAGCGUGUAGCUAUAGUACAUUAACCAACAGAUGAGGUAGAAAUUCACGUGGGCCAGAGUGUCAACAUGGGGAAAAGAAGAAGGCAGAAUAAGCAACUUUUUACCAAUCUUUCCAAAAAACAGAAGAAGCACUUGAAAGAGUUUGGUGAGGAGCAUCCAUUUCACGACGUAGUCAAUGAGAAAUCUGAAAGGACACAAAUGGUGGAACUGGCACCGAGCCCAGAACACACUGACACUCAGCUGGACGAUUUGGAGGAGGAAGAGGAGGAGCCAGAGCAGAAAACAACCUAUCAAAAACUUCUUAUGACCCUCAGCCAAACCAACCAUGAUGACCAAAGUGAUGAGGAGAGCACUGAUGAAGAAGAGGCGUUUGUUGAUGAAGAAAACAGUGAUGGUGUUGACCAAGAUGAUGGAGAUGAAGAUGCAGGGGAGGAGGAGGAGGAACUCGAAGAUUCUGGUGUAGUGCUUACUCAACCAUUAGAAGCCAAGGAGGAGCAGGCAGUGGGUGAAGAAUUUAUUGACACAGAGAAUGAAUCCCAAUUCUGCCUGGAGACCAACUUGAUUGGUGAAAGAGGGGAAGAGGACAUUGAAGAGGUUGCUGGCCAAGACAAAGAUAUGUUUUCCGAGCAUUUGGGCACAGAGCUUAGUGAAGAUGAUGUGCAAAAGAUCACAUCAGGCAGCAAAGCAAAGGCCCAGAUCACGUGGCCAAAAUUUGGCUCACUUCUUUGCAUCACUCCCUUGGAGAGGUUCGGCCGUGUUCCCUCUUACAAAGACACUGACAUCCCAGCUUUCCACAAACUCUUGGAAGCCAGUUGGAAGAAAGUUAACAUGUCUGGAAACGCUAAGGAGGAAGCAGAGGAGAGAAGCCCUCUCCAGUUGGAGCUGCUGGCUCUCAUGGGAACAUACAAAGAUCUCUACUACUCAGAGACCUGUACUUUGAAGGUGGGCCCACAGGUUCGAAGCGCUUACUGCCUCCAUGUCCUCAACCACGUGCUGAAAGCCAACUCCUGGGUCCUGGCUCACAACGCUCAGCUUAGAGAACAUCAGCAGCAGGCUAAGCAAGGAGAAGUGUUGCAAGAUGAACCAAGAGACCAAGGUCUAACCCGGCCCAAGGUCCUGAUUCUUGUGCCGUUCCGAGACGGAGUGCUACAUAUUAUACAAACUCUCAUCAGCUUGCUGGAGAGCAAAGGCAAGAAGGUGGUGGUCAGCAACAAGAAGCGGUUCAAAGAUGAGUUCGGACAGGUCUCUGAUGACAAGCCGGCCAAUCUCCGCAGACCAGACGAUUACCACGCUAUAUUCUCUGGCAACGUGGAUGAUCACUUCAGGAUAGGUGUCUCCAUAAUCAAGAGCAACAUGCGCCUCUACUCUCCCUUCUACUCAUCAGAUAUCAUCAUUGCCUCUCCACUGGGCCUCCGCACAGUACUGGGAGCCGAAGGAGAAUAUAAGAGGGACUUUGACUUCCUCUCCUCUAUCGAGAUGCUAGUAGUAGACCAGGCUGAUGUUUUCCUCAUGCAGAACUGGGAACAUGUCUUGCAUGUGAUGAAACACAUGAACCUGCAGCCACUGGAGUCGCAUGGAGUGGACUUUUCCAGGGUCCGAAUGUGGAAUCUCAACAACUGGGCCAGAUAUUACCGGCAAACACUAGUGUUCAGUUCCAUCCAGGACCCACAGAUAAACAACAUCCUAACCAAACAGUGUGUCAACUACCGUGGACAGAUUUCAGUUAAGAACAUCCGCAAAACAGGAUCCAUAUGCCAGGUUCUUGUUCAGGUGCCCCAUGUCUUCCAGAGGUUCUCCUCUGAUAGCUUCCUGAACCACGAUGCACGGUUUCAGUUCUUUGUCGAUAAAGUGCUGCCUCAGUACAGGGACUCGGUCAUGUCGCACACGCUGAUCUACAUUCCGUCGUACUUCGACUACGUCCGGCUGCGCAACUUCAUGAAGAAACAGGAGAUGAGCUUUGCAAGUGUGUGCGAGUAUUCCAGCAAAUCAGAGGUGUCUCGAGCAAGGCACGUCUUCCUGAAAGGCGAUAAACAGUUCAUGCUUUUCACAGAGCGCUUCCACUUUUACAAAAGGUACACCAUCAAAGGGAUUCAGAAUCUGAUAUUUUACGGCCUUCCCUCUUUCCCGCACUUCUACAGUGAGGUGUGUAACAUGCUCACAGCGGGGGCCCACGGCGAGGAAGCCAGCUGGACGUGCACAGCCCUGUACUCCCGCUUUGAUGCCCACAAACUGGCUGCCAUCACUGGUGCCCAGCGGGCUGGACAGAUGCUAAACUCCGACAAGAGCCUUCACCUCUUUGUUACAGGAGGGGAAGAUCAAUCCUGAUUGAGCUGGCCAGUUAAAACAGGACAUUUAGAAAGAAUUGAUGGCAUGCCAGGUACAAUGGUUGUUGGUGCGUUAUCAGUCACCGAAGCCCAUAAACAUUGUAGAGCAUCAUGAUUGUGGUUUGAGUUGUUAGUAUUAUUGCUGCAAGAUGAUGCCAGAUUUCAUUCACAGAUGAAUCAGCAAAUAAAUGUUUUACUAGCUUUA